GCGGGCGUUUCGAUUCUCCACGGUACUAAGGGCUAGGAUUUUAUCUGGUCUCUAAUUUUGUUGGCAUGUCUUAUCAGUCUCCACUUCACAAUGGAGCUAGUAAGAGAAGUGCUUAUCUUGGAAAAGAUGGUUUACCAAAUCUGGACUCAUUAAAGAUCCAGUCCAAGGACUCAAAUGUUGAUAGAGAAUUUAAAAUUGACUCAGGAGCUCACGUAAACGGUGUAGCUACGGCACUUGCAAAUGGAAUUUCUUCUGUUGAGGGUUACGUUGGGUACUCUAACUUACCUAACCAGAUUUAUCGGAAAGCUGUUCGCAAGGGGUUUGAAUUCAACAUCCUUGUUGUUGGAGAAUCAGGCGUUGGAAAGUCCACGUUCGUGAAUUCGCUGUUUCUCAGUGAAGUUUACAACACUGAUCACCCUGGCCCAUCUAAACGUCAGAGAAAAACUACUUGUGUUCAGUCUCACACAGUUAUACUUAAAGAAAAUGGUGUUUAUCUGAAGCUCAAUUUGAUCGAUACUCCAGGGUUCGGCGACUGUAUAGAUAAUACUAAUUGUUGGCAACCUGUUCUGGAUUAUAUUAUUUCGCGCUUCGAUGAUUACAUUUCUGGAGAGAGCCGAGUCAAUCGUCCGUGCCAGAGCAUCCCAGAUCAGCGUAUCCAUGCAUGCAUUUACUUUAUUGCUCCUACAGGUCAUUCACUGAAACCAUUGGAUCUAGAAUUCCUGUCACGCAUACAAGAUAAGGUUAACGUAAUUCCCGUGAUCGCUAAAGCUGACACAUUGACUCCAGAAGAAUGUCGUGAAUUCAAGAAAACAAUACUAAGUGACUUAGCAUCUAGAAAGAUACGCGUAUUCGAGUUUUUCGACCCACCUGAAUGCUCAGAUCGGAGCAACGAUGAGGAAUUAGUUAAACUACGGCGACUACGUGAUAGGGUUCCCUUUGCUAUUGUCGGAGCUAAUACACUGAUUACUAAUAAUGCUGGAGUUCGGGUUCGGGCACGUUCUUAUCCUUGGGGUAUCGUCGAGGUUGAAAACAUGGAUCAUAAUGAUUUUGCUGCCAUACGAUAUCUUUUGUUAAGCGUUUACAUGCAGGAAUUACGUGAUGUGACUCAUAAUGUUCAUUAUGAAAAUUAUCGAAAUGCCAAACUUUCAGGCAUUGCUUUGGAGAGCCACUUUCAAACACGUGAUGGUAAAGAUCCAAUGGCUCUCAUGGAAGCUGAGAAAAAAGAGCAUGAAGCCAAAAUGCGUAAAAUGGAAGCAGAAAUGGAAGCUGUAUUCGACCAGAAAGAUGAUUAGGCGUAAAAACGUUUUGUAUAUUAAACAGACUAAUGUUCAUGCAGCACAGUUGAGGGGUUUAUAUGGUUGAAGAAAAAAAUCAGAAACUUCGUGAACUAGAAUCUGAUUUAAUGCGACGUGUAGAGCAAAUGAGAGAACAAUUAAAAGCCCAAGAAUUAGAACAAGAAGCUGCUCGACGUGCUUUUGAAUUAGAACGUCAAAAUUGGGAAGAAAAUUGGCGUGAAUGGGAUAUUGGUGCAGAGAUUGGGACAAAUGGUCCAACACUAGGCCUUGGUGAACGAGUUAUGAAUGAGGUAAUUAAAGAACGUGUAAAAACUGAAAAGAAAAAGAAAGGACUCUUCUAAUUUCUUAAAAAUUAUAUUCUUGAACUGGUGAAAUAAUAGGUUUAUUUUGUUCCCUAUUGGGAUUAUAUUUCUUCACUAUUGCUAAGCUAAAUCAAUUGAAUAUAGUAUCCGUUUACUAUUUACGGUAUUUGUGCAUUUCUUCAGAAUAAUUCCUUUGAUGUUAUAAAAUCAGGUAUUUUUGACGAUCCCCAUUUGCAUUUACAUCACCGGAUAAUUUUCCUUGUCUUCAUUGUUACUGUUGUUUUCGCUGCUGAUGCUACUGUUUUUUUCUAGUCCUCAUGUUUUCUCUUCGUUCUUGUCGUUGCCACUGUUUUCGUUUUGUACUAAAUAUUUUGAUUUUAUCAAUGCUGUCGUUUUUAUUCCUUUUCCAUUAUCCGAGUGAAAAAGAAUCCAUAUGAGUAUAUUAUUAAUCAUUAUCUAUCAAAAAUUAUCAUUAGUAUUAAUAAUUAAUGUUAUUACCGAAAUAUCAUUUAUUAGUAGGUAGGUAUAAAUUGUUUGUGACCUCAAUCUGUAACGAUUUGUUUUUUGCAAUGAUUAGACUUUAUUUCAAUUAACUAUUACUAAUAAUGUGUUUUCUAAACGAUAAACGUCAAGUCAGUCCAUGUUAUGAUAAGAACAAACAGGUAUAAUCAUGUAUCUAUCAAACUAUCUUUAUUUGCAUUUUUCUUUACAAAUUUAUUGCAAUCAUAAGAACAUUUAUGUUGACUUAUCUGUUUUACUUCAUAUUUUUAUUUGACAAUCAAAAUUCUCGUGCUUUAUUAUAUUCUUUUCGAAAGGUAUGCGAACAACCCAUAUUUUAUAAAUAUAAGCAUCUAUAUAUUA